UUUCUGUGUCUUGACUCUCUCAAGAUUUUCUGUUUUAGCGUCUUAUUACACACUUAUUACAUAUUUAAUACAUUUUCCUUUUCCUUCUCAAAACCCUUUUCUCUUAGACUCUUAGACAUUUUUUUUAUAAAAUAAGGAGCUUUUUUUUAUUCACUAGCUCUGUGUCUGUAUGCUCCAUUCCUUUCUUACCUCUCCCUGCCUUUUCCCUCAUCUCUCUCUCUCUUUCUCUCUCUUUCUCUCUCUGUCUCGCUCGCUCGCUCUCUCUUUCUCUAUCUCUCUCUCUCUGUCUCUUCCUGGUGGGAUGGUUGAGGGGCGGGGCCUUGGCUGUGAGUGGCGGGAGGGACUCAGACGCAGAGCCACAGGCAGGAGAGUGUGUGGUGUGUGCAUGUGUGUUUCACCGAGGGAACGACCGCACUAGAGAGAGAGAGAGAGAGAGGUUGUGUGUAUGGGAGAGUAUAGGUCUCUAGAUGGGGAGAACGCUUGGAGUGUGACACAUACACACACACAUACACACACACACACACACAUACACUGCUGGUCAGAACAAUGAGCCUCUUAGCUCCGGCGACUCUGCCCAUCCCGUCCGCCUGCGUCUGAACACACGCUCUCUCUCACUCACAAACACACACACACACACACACACUCAUCCUGUUCGCUCACACAUGCUGCUCAGUGAUGUGAGGUUGCUACUGACAGACGUGCCUUUGACAUCCGCUGCUGCUUGGACUGCUUGAAAGGGCAACGCCACCCCCCCGCCCCCUUUUUCCCGCUUCUGCCACCCGCCACCCGCUUCAGUGCCAAGUGACGUCCGCAGUCCUGGACGAGAACGGGCUCUGCUACGCACCUGGUCACCACAGCAACACCCUCCGCCCCCCUGCCGUGUGCCCCCAUGUUGCUUCUCGAGUCUGUGUCAUAAGGACGGAUCCAGGCAGUGUGCGCGCGUGUGUGUGUGUGUAUGUGUGUGUGUGUGUGUGAGUGAGUGAGUGUGGGCGAGAGGUGACUGCUACUGCCUCUUUCCACACCGCCGACUCUCUCCCCCUCUGCCCCCGCAACCACACGUAAUCAAUAAUGAGUUUCACCAUCCGUCUGGCCUGGCAGCGCAGCUGAGGAGAGACUGACUGACAGCGAGACAGAAAGAGUGAGCAAACGAGAGACGGAGGCCUCCACAGAUAGAGGCUUCAAAAAACAAAAAGGUCACAACAAUGGGCCUCUGAGUUUUGAUUUCUGAGUGCCUACAAACGAAAAGCCAAAACACAUCCAAAUCUCGUCUCUCUUUCCGAGUGCACAAACCAAACCGGACAAAAAGCUCCCUCUCCAUCAGCGCCAUCAUAUCGUCUGGAUUUUUUUUUGCUUUUAAGCCAAAAUGGCGGUUAAUGUGACGCCCAUCCGGGACACGAAAUGGCUGACGCUGGAAGUGUGUCGCGAGUUCCAGCGAGGCACAUGUUCCCGACCCGACUCUGAAUGUAAGUUCGCCCAUCCGGCCAAAAGCUGCCAGGUGGAGAACGGGAGAGUCAUCGCCUGCUUCGACUCCCUCAAAGGCCGCUGCUCCAGAGAGAACUGUAAGUAUCUGCACCCUCCGCCCCACCUUAAGACGCAGCUCGAGAUCAAUGGCAGGAAUAACUUGAUCCAGCAGAAGAAUAUGGCCAUGUUGGCCCAACAGAUGCAGCUGGCCAACGCCAUGAUGCCUGGCACACAACUGCAGCCUGUGCCCAUGUUCUCUGUUACGCCCAGCCUGGCCACCAACGCCACAGCACUGGUUAACCCGUAUCUGGGCCCCGUGUCUCCGGGCCUGGUGCCCACCGAGAUCCUGCCCAGCGCACCUGUACUAAUGACCAGCACCCCUAACGUCCCUGUGCCCGCUGCAGCUGCCGCCGCCGCCCAGAAGCUCAUGAGGACAGAUCGGCUGGAGGUGUGUCGGGAGUACCAGAGAGGUAACUGCACGCGAGGUGAGAACGACUGCCGCUUCGCUCACCCAUCCGACAGCGCCAUGAUCGACACCAACGACAACACAGUGACCGUGUGCAUGGACUACAUCAAGGGCCGCUGCUCACGCGACAAGUGCAAGUACUUCCACCCUCCGGCGCACCUGCAGGCCAAGAUCAAGGCCGCGCAGCACCAAGUCAACCAGGCGGCCGCCGCCGCUGCCAUGACUCAGUCGGCUGUCAAAUCACUGAAGCGACCCCUCGAGGCAACCUUUGACCUGGGGAUUCCGCCCGUUUUGCCUCCAUUACCAAAGAGACCCGCACUUGAAAAAACCAACGGUGCCACGGCUGUGUUCAACACUGGCAUGUUCCAGUACCAACAGGCCCUGACCAACAUGCAGUUCCAUCAACAGGCGGCUUUCAUACCAUCAGGCUCAAUAUUGUGCAUGACACCCGCAGCGAGUGUUGUUCCCAUGAUGCACGGUGCUUCGGCAGCCACUGUGUCAGCAGCCACCACAUCCGCCACAAGUGUUCCCUUCGCAACAGCCACAGCCAAUCAGAUUCCAGUAAUAUCUGCAGAUCAUCUGACUAGUCACAAAUAUGUGACUCAGAUGUAGGACUUCAAACAAUCACAUCCAAGUGUGCUUGUGUGCCGUCCAAAUUUUAGGAUCCACCCUUUACACACCAACCAAGAGCAACAGAAGAUAAGAAAAAUCAUGUUACCAUUCCCUGGAAUGACGGAAACACGCAUGCUAACACUGUUAAGGAUUUGAUAUAGUUGAAAGUGAAAAAAAAAAAAAACCUCUUUUGAUAAUUUUGUUUUUUUUUUUGGUAGCGGGGUGAAAAGAGCAUCACCGUCUGUCUUUUUCCGUCUGCGGAUGGUACAAAGCAUGUCUGAACCAUUACAACGACGAGAAGUGCACGGUGGUGUCUCCUGUCAUGUCUUUUAGUACAAAUUUUUGGUUUUGUUUUGUUUCUGGGACGGAGGGAAGGGCGUUUUUUUUUUUUUUUUUUGGUUCUUUUUAUGGUUUACAAACCACGGUGCACCUUGAAAACUCUCAUUUAAAUAAUGUCAAAGGAACUUGCAAAAGAAUGUCAUGUAAGACUAGAUAUCGUGCAUGCAGUGUUCCAUUUGUGAGCAGAUCUUUUAUAGGACUUGAUUGUAAAAAGGUGCAGGGAGGACGGAGGACACACACACGCAAAAAUGACAACUGAAUGUCCGAGAUCUUAAACACAGCAGUGUUCCUUUUUUUCGAAGCACAUCAAAGUGUCGAUCUUCAUGUUGCGGACUCCACAUCAAGUGCCAUAGACAGUACUUGCAUCCAAAAAAAAAAAAAAAAAAUACAAUAGACUUAUUAUAGGAGUGUUACAUGUUUGUAUUAUUAUUGCCUUUAAGUCUCAAAUGUGUUGUCUGGUUCUCUGUUUUAUUUUACAAUCUUCAGUAUUUUGUUUUAUUUUCAUUUGUUACUUGCCCAAAAAUCCCAAAAAAAAACCAAUCGCCAAAAAUGUGUCAAUACUGAAAAUUCGAACGUUGUUUUAGCUAGUUUUAUUUACAUUCUCAUUUGCCAUUUCUUUUCAUUUUUAUUUAUUUAAAUUGAUUAUUUUAGGUUCUCGAGACUUUGUGCAGAAAGACUCAAAAUUAGUAAGGACUCCAUUCGCACGUUCCUGGUGGGCAGCGUGCAGGUUGUUUUUAUUUCGUUUUGUAAUCCUAGUUUUUUUUUUUUUUAAAUUACUUUGUAUUAUUGUUGUUAUUGAGUGUAGAAUUAGGUGUGAAUGGGUUGUAAUUCCAUAAGUGGGAAACGAAAAUAAGAGAAAAAUAGUAUUAAUGGGUUUUUUCUAUCUCUUAUGUAAGGUCCACUGUUUUAUUUUUCAUGUUUGAUCACAGGAUGUGGGUGUUUUUUUUUUUUUAUUAUUAUUAUUUUUUUUUUAUUUACUUCCUUCUCAGCCCUGUGUGGGAGAGCGAUGAGGCCCGAGGUCAGAGAUGCUACAGAAAGGGCUGUUGGGUAAAAAAUAAAUAUAAAAAAUACGACCCACUACACAGCGUGGGCGUACUGAUGAGCGUCGGUGCAUCGCUGCAUCCGAGGGCAGGAUUUUAAUGAUUGUAUGAUUCAAUAGUAAACGCCUUAGUCCACCAUUCAAGCAUGUCGAUGCUCAUAUUCCCCUGUUUUUUUUUUUUUUCUUAAAUUAUGGCUAUGUUUUUCUUUCAGAUUUUCCCCACAAUUUUGCUUGUUUUUCAAUUUGGUCACAUUAUUUUGUCUGUCUCAUAUAUUUGUCCAGAAAAAGUAGAAAUAUUCUGUCAUAUAACUAAGCUCGGAUACUGUUUUAGUAUUCCAUUUUGUCAAGUAAGAUUUAACUUUUGUAGAGUGUGAAAUAUUAUAAAUAAUGUGUUAUUUUUUUGUUUGUUUGUUUGUUUUUUUUGCGUUCUUCACACUAUACUCAGUUUUAAAGUUAUGUAGUGCCGAUUAUUUGAGUAUUGAAUAUUAGCAUAUUGAGUAAAACGGAAACGAUUUUUAUUUUUAGUGAAAGGUCAUUUUUGUUUUGUUUGAAAUCUUCGAACAAACAUCUUUUAUAUGAAUAUAUCUUACAACGAGGAAAUAGUUGCCAAGAGACAUAGCUGCUGUGGCAUCAACCAUGGCUGAUAUUGGAAUAAUAUUUUAAUGAUCUUCUGGUUUGUAAUUAGUCGUUCUAAUUAGAGAGAGAAAAAAAAGAUGAGUAUAGUUCUUAGAUGUUAAAGGUUGUUUUCUACUGUAUUCAUUUAAAAAAAAAAAAUAGUAACUAUCGUUCGAGUAUUUCCAAUCUCCCUAGACGUAAGGCCUUGUUAAAGGAAAAAAGCUGCAUAUGUGAUGGUGAUGGGGCAGAUUGGAUGGACGUGCGGUCAGGAGGGUGUGUGUUAAACCGGAAAAAAAAGGAAAACCCUUUUUAGGUGACGCCACACAGGUAAUGUUGGGGAUGAAGGGGACAAAAGUCGACUUUUUUUGCACUUCUGUACAUAGUCAAAAAAGAAAGAAUCGUGUAUAAUAUUGAGAUCUUAUUUUGAAUAAAAAAUGUCUAUAAAUAUGAGGAAUUUUGUUAACGAUAUUAAAAAAAAACACACAUACAGAAAGUCAGGCUGCUCGCAAAAAAGUGACACAGAAUUCCGAAAAGGGCAAAAAAAAAUUAAAACGUCGCUUUGCUUUUUUUUGUCAGCGGCUUGUAGCUUGCCAGAAAGCGUUCAGGUUGGAGGUGACCCUCGUCCUCCAGAGCAAGGCCCUAUGUGAAAAGCCAUGUGGCCUAAACCUGGUGGUUCCCCAACCCUGAUCCUGAUCCUGAAGCACAUUUUAGUGUUUUUCUUACUCGAACACUCCCACGUUGACUCAGGAGGGGUCUAUUUAUUAGUUGAUUCAUUGGAUCCGGUGUGUUAGAGCAAUGAAAACAAUAAAAUAUGUGGGUCAGGAGUAGAAAUUUGGACCAGGAUUGGGAAUCACUGGCCUAAUCUCACAAUGAAAUAGAUCCAACCCAGAUUUUCUCGUUUCUUUUCUGAGGAUUGCAUGUUAAAGGACGUAACAUAUACCACAAGAAAACUUCACUGAGUAAUACUGAAUAAACAACCAUGUUAUACAACUUAUUUACAGUAUACUUUGUAAUAUUAAUGUAACGGACUAAAAAAAAAAGGACAAAAAAACAAAAGUGGUUAACAAAAAAAAUAGAUUCCUAGAGAGCAUUUCCUCAUCAAGGUCUUAGCUCUUAUGGAGUAAUAACAACUGUACAUCAUAGCUAUAA